AUGUGUACAAAUCCGCCCGUGCCACCACCACUACCGUCUCUGGACCUUAUUAAUUCAUCCGAAAUAUCCAAAACCACUAGUUUAAUUAAUAAAAAUUAUGAUAUAUGCCAAUGGGCCUUGGAACCUGAACUGAGGGAAGCUUGUGCUAUAAAUAGCAUAUGUCUAGACAAACCUCCUUAUCAAUAUAAAUAUAAACAUUAUGAACCAAUAGCGCAAGUGGGUCCAACCUGUGGUCUUGUAGCUUUAGCUAUGUUAUUUAAAGGAGAUGUAAGACCUGAUGAGUUGUUGAAUAUGGUGAAGGCUGAAGGCUUCAGUAGUAAUGGAGAGAUGUUCAGUUGCCAUAAUAUGGCUAAAUUGACAGAGAAAGUCAUUUGUUUAACUGAAAAGAGUAAUGUCAGGGUAGAGGUAAGACAAGAACUUUACAGAGAGGAAACAAUACAGGAAUUAUUGAAUGGUGCUGCACUAUUAGUUGCGUAUGAUGCAGACUGCAAUCAUUCACCAUGCUUAAGGCAUGGACACACAGCACACUGGGCAUUAGUUUGUGGAAUAAUUGUAAUUGAAGAACCAAAAGAAGAUUACUCCGCAGAUCCUAAUAACACAUACAUUCUCUGCAGACAUGGAAAAUCAAAGUAUCUAGCUGUUUGGCCUCUAGCACAAUUAGAUAGCAGUAAUAAGAAUUUAUCAGAGUUUUCACCUAAGAAAAAGGAGGAUGGCUUACUGUAUAUCUUGCCAGAUGGUGGCAUGGGCGGAGAGAGAGGCUUAAGAAACCAGUUUUUAAUUGUUAAAGGCCUUUAA